ACUCUUUAGCUGAGCUUUUCUCGUCCCCGGUGCGCGCUUUAAUUAGAUUACAACCACGCAAAAGGCGCGGGUUUUAACGUUCCCAGUGCGCCACUCGCUUUUCUUACAUUAAUAGCGCAAGAAGAGGUUGUCAUUUUAAUAGUUUUCCUUGCCGAGACAGAUCUGAAGCGGGCGCUUGUCAGUGGGAUAGUACAUUUCCUUGGGACUGUGUUGCAGGAGGCGAAAAUGAGAACACGUGCAAUGUUCCUGCUGCUCGUAUUCGCGCACGCGUGCGCGGACCUCACGUUGGCGGACACCGACUGCUCUCCCUCUCUGGCCCGUGAACACGGCAUCCAUUCCAUGGAAGAAGCGCUGGCGAACCCCCUGGUCAACAUGGUCAUUUAUGGCCGCGUGGACAACCACUACCACCACGUUGACCAAGUGCACGAUGACGCUGGACACGUGCACACCGGAGACGGUGCAGGUGACCACGAGGAGACGUACACGGCUAGCAUUUCGGUGUUCUGCCAUUUUAAGGACCACGGGGGUGAUGAAGAAACGGAGGCUAGCGCAGCUGAGAUUAAUAUUACCAAAGCAGGUUUUGUCCACACCAGUGUAGCGUGUGAAAUGCACUACUUGCAGAAAGAAAAAGAGUACAUGUUGUUCCUUCAGCAUCAGCACCACCCGACCCACGUGAUCCUGCCUCUAUAUCACGUGGAGGUGACGUCAGACAAGUCCCAGAUUACUGAGCUGCUGAAGUUCUGCGGAAUGAAUGUUCAUUAUCCUACAGGUUUGUCUUCAUCCACGUCCAGCUACCAGUGUCCAACAGCGGCGGCCAGCGGUCUGUGCAUCACCCCCACAGCCCCGCCCACUCCGGACUGGGUCACUCACUCCCACGACCACGGUGACCAGGGCGACAAUUCUGCCGGACGUCCCUUUCAGGGAUCGUCCGUUCUCGUCCAACUAACGGCUACGAUGUUGUCUUUUUUAAUUGCUUGCUUGUAGCAAUGGAGAUGUAACAAUGAACUUGAACUAUUUUAAGCGAGAUUUAUCAAUCUGAAUAAGCAGGAGAGUACAGACAGCAGCCGAGUCCUUCUUUUUCUGUGUACGCCUGCAUAUAAAUUUUACAGAUGGAGUCUUUUUAACAUUGGAUCGAAGUGUCUUUGAAUUGUCUGUUGAAUAACGCUCAAUUAACCCCGCAAAUGCAAUAGCCUUGAAAUCAACAAACGGCGUAAAAAAGCUGAGGUUAUGUUACUCAGACAGCGCUCACAGGAAAGAACGCACAAAUUAAAGGACAAUGGUCAUAUAGAAAUCCAUUUCUCGAAUUUUGAAGAUUCAGCACUCAAUCUAUACACUAGAGGUAUGUUUUAAUCGAUCCCCGC